UGGGAGCCGGAAUCGCAAGUGUUCUCCGCCGUGGAUUGUUUUUUUAAUGAAACUCACCGUGGAUGUAGUUUAACGAGCAGCACUCUCUAAGAUGCAAUUCAUCUCCGAGCCGUAGCACUGUGAUAACCGGAGCAGGGUCGUUUUUAAACACUACUACAGGUCAGCAUGGCAGCAGGUGUAGCGGCAUGGCUCCCCUUCGCCCGAGCGGCAGCCAUAGGAUGGAUGCCCGUGGCGAGCACCCCGAUGCCCAUCCCUCCCCAAGACAAGAGGAAAGCCCAGGACGGACUCAUCAUCCUCAACGUGAGUGGGACCAAGUUUCAGACGUGGCGGAACACUUUGGAGCGGUACCCGGACACUCUGCUGGGCAGCACAGAGAGGGACUUCUUUUUCCACGAAGAGACCAAUGAGUACUUUUUCGACCGUGACCCUGACAUCUUUAGAAAUAUACUCAAUUUUUAUCGCACAGGGAAACUACACUACCCGCGCCAAGAGUGUAUAUCUGCGUACGACGAGGAGCUCGCUUUCUUUGGCAUCAUCCCCGAGAUCAUUGGGGAUUGCUGUUACGAGGAGUACAAAGACAGGAGGCGCGAGAACGCAGAGAGGCUCCAAGACGACGAGGACUCAGAGAUGAACAAUGACGUCACGCCGGUGAACCUGACUUUCCGGGAGUACCUGUGGCGGGCUUUUGAAAAUCCCCAUUCUAGCACCUUAGCGCUGGUCUUCUACUAUGUCACAGGCUUCUUCAUUGCAAUAUCAGUCAUGGCCAACGUAGUGGAGACGGUUCCAUGCGGGUUUCUGCCCAACAGGUCGAAGGAGGUUUCCUGUGGAGAGCGUUACGCACUGGCCUUCUUUUGUUUAGACACUGCGUGCGUCAUGAUAUUCACGGUCGAGUAUCUACUCCGUCUGAUCGCAGCUCCGAGCCGCUACAAGUUCAUGAAAAGUGUGAUGAGCGUCAUCGACGUGGUCGCCAUCAUGCCUUACUACAUCGGCCUGGUCAUGACCGACAAUGAUCAGCUGAGCGGUGCUUUCGUCACGCUUAGAGUCUUCCGGGUCUUCAGGAUUUUCAAGUUCUCCCGACACUCCGCGGGGCUGCGCAUCCUGGGCUAUACCCUUAAGAGCUGCGCCUCCGAGCUGGGCUUUCUCCUCUUCUCCCUCACUAUGGCCAUCAUUAUCUUUGCAACAGUCAUGUUUUAUGCAGAAAAAGGAUCUCCGGCCAGCAAGUUCACCAGUAUCCCCGCAGCUUUUUGGUACACCAUAGUCACCAUGACAACACUGGGGUACGGCGACAUGGUGCCAAAAACAAUCGUGGGGAAGGUGUUUGGGUCCAUAUGCUCGCUGAGUGGGGUGCUGGUCAUUGCCUUGCCUGUCCCUGUCAUAGUGUCAAACUUCAGCCGUAUCUACCACCAAAGCCAGCGGGCGGAGAAAAGACGAGCCCAGAGGAAAACUCGGCUUGCUAGAAUCCGUGCUGCGAAGAUUCGGGGCACUAAUGCCUAUGCGCGCUACAAACAAAAUGGGCUCCUGAUCGACACACUGGAGGAGGCCUCCAAGGAGGCAGGACAAGCCCUGGUGGCAAAGCCCCCCAGCCCUCCUUUUGAGAGCCAGCAUCAUCACCUGCUGCACUGCCUGGAGAAAACAACGAAUCACGAGUUUGUGGACGAGCAGACAUUUCAGGCCAACUGCAUGGAGAUCUCUGCAAUGCACAAGUCGGGCUCCCGUUCCUCAUCGAUGUCCUCGUCUCCACAUGGACUCAGCUCGUGCUGCUCGCGCCGCCACAGGAAGAAGAGCAGCUUCAGCCUGCCGAGCACAAACAACCAGGAGCUCAGCACCAUACAGAUAAGGGAGAGGCCUGUGGUCAACAGCCGCUCCUGCCUGAAUGCCAAACUCGAUGAGACGGUGCCCCUGAAAUGCAACGAACCUUUCAUCACUCCCUCCAUGGUCAGCCUUUCUGCCCCAGUGGUGACCUCAUCAGGCAGCGAUGGCUCCACCACCACCACCACCGCAUAUUCUCAGAGCAACAUUGUCCGAGUAUCUGCCUUGUAGAUGUCACGCUUAUCUUAUCAGCUUCCUGGUCUCGAGAAGCACCGGAUGCUGAGGAGAGGGACCACCGAGCAUCAACCUGCCAUAAUCUAGAGGGAUUAUAAAGUUAGCAGAGGACGGGGUGGGGGGCGGGGGGAUGAGUUUUUUUUGAAGUAGUGAUCUCAUCUGAUGUCAAACUCUGCAUGGUAUUAAAAUGAUGUGGACGACUGCCUUGGAGUAAAAGUGACCAGCACAUCUUGCUGCAUUAAGCACAGCAGAGCGAGGACGUGUCGAGAGGUUAUCGUUGUUGCCUAAAAAUACUGAGGGGGAAAAAAACGACUUUAUUUUUGAAGAUGUAAUGUAGGUGUAUUUGUUGUCUUCUGAGGAACCACUGUUGUUAAAGGGUCAUUCUUGAUGACUUUUGAUGGCCAAGCACACACAUUCAUUACCCGAGGGCCAUACUUGUGAAUAUUAAAAACAGUCUAUGUCAACAUUUGCCUCAGUUCCACCCAGUUAAAUAGAUCGGUUUUAAAAAGAAAAUCCCAAUAAAGUGGUUUCCAAUAGUCCCCGCACUGUUGUAAAUUCACCAAACAUAAAUCCACAGGAAUGAAAAACUGUUGUGAAUAUCAUUAACUGCCUCAUUACCUGGUUGAUGUCACCGCUUGAUGAGUAAAAUAUACGACGCAUCCUGACAUGUUUGUGAAAAUGUGCAAAAAGUGAAAGUCAAAAAUGACAAAACUCUGUGUUAGCUUACAUAUUUGACACAUGUGGAAGCCAUUGUCAUCGAUUAACGACUGAUAUUGAGAGAAAUACAGGGUAAAAAAAAAAUUAGUUAGGUUACAAGGUAGAAGUGUAAUUGAAUGUUCUUUGCAACACUUAACUAAUAGUAACCCUAACAUGGUCGUAUAGUGUUGACCUGGGAAACCAUACGAAAGAGGGUCGAACAUUAGUUCCACUCAGUUCCUCCCAAAUUACCA